UGCUCAAUCAUCCAACCAUUGAUAACCCAACAAAAAUACAAAAUUGUUAUAAUAAUUAAAAUAAAUUCAUGAGAAUCACAAAGAAGAUGAAUUUAUUAUACAUAAAUAAAUAAAAUAUUUGUAGAAGAAGACAGGACAACGACCCACCAAACUACCACUCAUCAGUUGCUAAAAGUUUACAUUGAAGCCUACGAAACCCAGUUGUGUGUGAUCGCUCGUAGCUGUCGGCAGAGGUCAUUAAAAAGAGUCCAAGGUAACUGUCUUUUUGUUUCUUUCCCUCUUUUUUACACAACAGAAACAGCAAAUUGAAUAGAAAAGCAAUUGGGGAAUCUAUGAGUGAAGCUGAGAUUAAGGAGCAAAAGUGAAGAUCUAGCAAGAAUUUAGGUUUGGAAGAAUCUAAGAAGAAAAGAUCAAAUGUUGGUCCAAGACCGUGCAGUUCCUAAAUCUCCAAAACCUUCCCAGAUCAGAAAGCUUCCCACUGUUCAACCCAACAGAUUGUCUGAACCCAAAAACCUCGACUUCAACGCAUGGGUACCCGACAACUGCUACAGAAUCGUAACUAUCUUAGUCCUAAUCCUCACCAUCGCCGCCGUUUUCUUCAUCUACUCCUCCACCAACACAGCUUUUCUCCUUUGCCUCCAAUCCGAAACCCAGAGCGCCGUGGAUUCCAUCUCUCUCCCUCAAAUCAACUGGAAUUCCAUCAAACCCAUUCCUGACCGCACUUCGCCUUACGCUAAUUUCAGAUCAGAGCAAUGGGUCGUUGUCUCCGUUUCUAAUUACCCCUCCGAUGCAUUGAAGAAGAUGGUGAAGAUUAAAGGGUGGCAAGUUUUGGCAAUUGGGAACUCCAGGACUCCCAGUGAUUGGAGCUUAAAAGGUGCGAUUUUUUUGUCUUUAGAUAUGCAAGCUAAUUUGGGUUUUCGCGUUGUGGAUCAUUUGCCUUACGAUUCUUAUGUUAGAAAGAGCGUCGGUUACUUGUUUGCGAUUCAACAUGGUGCCAAAAAGAUCUUCGAUGCUGAUGAUCGUGGGGAAGUAAUUGAUAAUGAUCUAGGGAAACAUUUUGAUGUAGAAUUAGUAGGGAAGGCUAGGCAAGAAGUUAUAUUGCAGUAUAGCCAUGAUAAUCCUAAUAGGACUGUAGUCAACCCUUAUAUUCAUUUCGGCCAACGUUCAGUUUGGCCUAGGGGAUUACCAUUGGAAAAUGUGGGUGACUUUGGACACGAGGAGUUUUACACUGAGGUCUUUGGUGGGAAACAGUUCAUACAGCAAGGGAUUUCAAACGGGUUACCGGAUGUUGAUUCUGUGUUUUAUUUUACUAGGAAGUCGGGUUUCGAAGCCUUUGAUAUUAGGUUUGAUGAGCAUGCACCAAAAGUGGCCUUUCCUCAAGGUAUGAUGGUGCCAUUGAAUUCGUUCAAUACGUUAUACCAUUCAUCGGCCUUUUGGGCCUUGAUGCUCCCUGUUUCUGUUAGUACAAUGGCUUCAGAUGUAUUGAGGGGUUACUGGGGACAGCGGCUCUUGUGGGAGAUUGGUGGUAAUGUUGCUGUGUAUCCUCCUACAGUUCAUCGGUAUGACAGAAUAGAGGCAUACCCCUUUUCAGAGGAGAAGGAUCUUCAUGUGAAUGUAGGUCGUUUGAUCAAAUUCUUGGUGUCAUGGAGAUCAAACAAGCAUAGGUUGUUUGAGAAGAUAUUGGAACUGAGUUAUGCCAUGGCGGAGGAGGGGUUUUGGACGGAGCAGGAUCUCAAGUUUACUGCUGCUUGGCUUCAAGACUUGGUUGCCGUGGGUUAUCAGCAGCCAAGGUUGAUGACAUUGGAGCUGGACAGACCAAGGGCAAAUAUCGGUCAUGGGGAUCGAAAAGAAUAUAUCCCUCAGAAAUUGCCAUCUGUUCAUUUAGCGGUGGAGGAAACAGGGAUGGUUAGCUCUGAGAUUGGGAAUUUGAUACGAUGGAGGAAGAAUUUUGGAAAUAUCGUGUUAAUCAUGUUCUGCAAUGGUCCUGUGGAACGUACUGCCCUGGAGUGGAGACUGCUUUACGGGCGGAUAUUUAAAACUGUGGUUAUUUUUCUGCAGAAGAAUUCGGAUCUUGCCAUUGAAGAAGGUCAAUUAGAUCAAAUUUACAAGCAUCUGCCCAAGAUAUUUGAUCGGUUUUCAAGUGCGGAUGGCUUUUUAUUCCUCGAAGAUGAUACCGUUCUUAAUUACUGGAAUCUCUUACAGGCAGACAAGACUAAGCUAUGGAUAACGGAUAAGGUAUCCAUGUCUUGGAGUACUGCAUCAACCAAAGGAAGUUCUGAUUGGUACUCAAAGCAAGCGGAGCUGGUAAGGAAGGUAGUUAGUACAAUGCCGGUUCACUUCCAAGUGAACUAUAGAGAAGUUGUGAGGAGUGACCAGAGCCUCACAAUUUGCAGUUCCGAGAUAUUCUACAUUCCUCAACGGUUUGUAGCGGACUUUGUUGAUCUUGUUAAUCUGGUCGGACAUCAAGAUAUCCAUCAAAAGGUUUCCAUACCCAUGUUCUUUUUGUCAAUGGAUUCACCUCAGAAUUUCGAUUCAGUGCUUAGUACAAUGGUGUAUAAGCCAGAACCACAAUCUGCUAAUUCUUCUUCGACACAUUAUUCCGCACAAGCGCCUGCAGUGCAUCCAUGGAAGGUGUCAAGCGAGCAGGAAUUCAUAAAGCUAAUCAGAAUAAUGGGUGAAGGUGAUCCUCUCUUAACGGAGUUAGUUUGAACAUGAAUGAAAGGCAGUAGUGUGGAGGAAAGAAAUAUGUACUACUUUUGUAAUUGUAAUGUGAAGAACUGUUUUUUUCUUUUUCUUUCUUUUCUUUACUUGUUCCAUAAUCAUUUUUCAGGGGGAAAGGGGGUGUUCUUUUUGUAAGUUCCUCUGUAGAUUCAUUACAUUUGUAUGAUUCAUUACUGGUUGCAGAUUCUAUUUGAAGAGAAAUGAAAUGAUUCUGGUCUUUUGGGCCCAUCACUAUAUA